UCCAUCACCCAAUCCCUGUUUUGAUGCCAAUGUGCCGCCGCCAUGGAACGCAGGAAAACGCUCACGAUGAACUGGGACGGCCUCGGCGACGUUGACGACGACGACACCUUCUUCGAGUCCUACAACCGCCUCUCCACCGCCGCUCCCCUUGACCUCCCUUCUUCUUCCGACGAUGACGACGACGAUGAUUUCGAUGAUCCCCGCCUCUCCUUCGUCUCUGCUGCCUCGUCUCUUCAGUCACGAAAAAACAGGGCCCCUCCGCCGAUCGACACCGCUUCAGAUUACGGCAUAUGGAUGGCUGCCCCCGUGUCAAUCACCGAGAGGCGAAAGCGAUUGCUCCACGGCAUGGGCCUAGACGACGACCACAAGGAGUUCUCAAAAGCCACGAACGUAGUUUCAAAGAAGAUCGACUCUGCUCCUUCUUCUAACUCCUCUGAGAAAAAAUCAAUACUUUUAACUACUUCCUUGCCGGUUACUAUUCCACCUUCGGAUUCUUCUGUUUCGGAACACAAAAAAACAGAGCAGUCCUCUGUUCAUUUAGUUCUCGUUCGUUCUCGUUCCGAGGGAGACGUCGAUUUGUUCUCCAUGGAGAGGUCGAGGAAGGAAAAUUUCAUCGGGAAGCAGUCGAAGCAGCGGCUUACGAGAACCGCCACGGAGGUGGCCUUCCCGCGCGGAGGAAACGGAACCGGAGGCAGAGCGGUGGUGAGAGAUUCCGACGACGCAGCAACCUCAAAGCGAAGCGUGGCGAAAUUGGAGAACUCGGGAGUGGGAGCGUUUUUCUUGAUUAGAAAUCUGGACACCGGGAAGGAGUUCAUUGUGAAUGAGUACGGCAAAAACGGAGCGUGGAAUAGGCUGAGUGAUUUGCAGACGGGGAAGCAGUUAACGAUGGAGGAGUUCGAGAGGACGGUGGGGAAGUCGCGCGUGGUGAACCAGCUUAUGAGGCGUGCGCAUACAGGUAGGGUCAACCACAACGACGGUUUGUCGCGCAAGCUUUCUUCGAGCUCUUACAUUUCGAGGAGUUUGAGGAUGAGCAAGAGAAGAGGUGCUGCGUUGUUGAAGAACAUUAAAGGCGUGGCGAGCGGGUUCAUCGGCGAGCGAGAGCCGAUAACGAUGCCGGUGCCGGUGAUGGAGGCGAAGAAUCAGUGGGUGAGAGUUCGGCAGACUGGGAAAGCGCACAAGGAGCUCUCUGCUUUGCAUCUGUGUCAGGAGUUUCAGGCUCACGAGGGGUGCGUGUGGACGAUUAGGUUUAGUUUGGAUGGACGGUAUCUGGCGAGUGCGGGAGAGGAUAGGGUGAUUCACGUGUGGGAAGUGCAGGAGUGUGAGGUUAUGUCUCUCAGGCCUGACGAGGGAAGUCUCACUCCUCUUCACCCCUCGCUUCUUGCAUCGUCCAGUGAGACUCCUUCUUUGUCUAGUGAGAAGAAGAAGAAAGGGAAAUUCGGAAGCAAAAGAGGCACAGCCAUCCCUGAAUAUGUUCAUGUUCCUGAAACUGUCUUCUCACUUUCCGACAAGCCGCAUUGCUCUUUUCGUGGCCAUUUAGAUGAUGUUUUGGAUUUGUCUUGGUCUAAAUCUCAGUUACUUCUCUCAUCUUCGAUGGAUAAAACAGUCAGAUUGUGGGAUUUGGAAACUAAGACUUGCUUGAACAUGUUUGCCCAUAAUGACUAUGUAACCUGCAUACAAUUCAAUCCUAUCCACGAUGAUUAUUUCAUCAGUGGUUCGCUCGAUGCUAAGGUCAGAAUAUGGAACAUCCCUGAACGCCAAGUCGUGAAUUGGACUGAUAUCCACGAAAUGAUUACUGCAGUGUCUUAUACACCUGACGGUCAGGGUGCUCUGGUUGGUUCCCUUAAAGGGAGUUGUCGUACAUAUAGGACAGAAGAUUGCAUACUAACUCAAACUGGCACAAUUGAGAUUCGACACAAGAAGAAAUCCCAACUACGAAAGGUCACUGGUUUCCAGUUUGCUCCAGGCAAACCAUCAGAAGUUCUUGUCACUUCAGCCGAUUCCAGGAUAAGAAUUUUGGAGAGUUCAGAGGUCGUUCAAAAGUACAAAGGUUUUCGAAAUGCAAACAGCUCAAUUGCAGCUUCAUUUAGUCCAGAUGGGAGAUACAUUAUAAGUGCCAGUGAAGAUUCUCAAGUAUAUAUCUGGAAGCAUGAAGAGCAUAGAAGUGGAGGCAGUGGAAAGGGUAGAAAUGUGCUAGUUACCCGUUCUCACGAGCACUUCCAUUGUAAAGAUGUUUCAGUAGCAAUACCAUGGCCGUGUACCAUAAGAGGUGAUCCUCCUCUAGUGCCAACACAUCAUUCCAAAAGACAUUCAAAACGUUCUCAGGCACCUUCUAAUUGCAUAGAAGACACAUCAUCGCCAUCUGCUACAAACAGUAAGAGAACGCUUCCACCCCUUCCCAACAAGAAGAGUAAUAAUAACCAUGCCACAGAAGGUGCUUCAAAUUCCCCAAGGGAAGACCCUGCAGCAAUUUCACACACAGAAUCCGGACUUAAUGAUUCGUUUGUAAACAGUAAGAGAAUGAUGCCACAAUCUCCGAUGAAAGCUAACUGCCACACUGCAGGGGAUGAAGACAUCGAAGCAAUUUCACGAACAGAUUCAGGAUUUAGUGAUUCAUUUAGUUCUGGCUCAUCCUCAGUUAGGUGUGGUGAUUCACCUUCUUCAUCAUGGUCCUCUUCUUAUUCAUUGUUGGACAGUAGCCAUGUUUCUUCCACAGUUCUUCCUUCAGCAUGGGGCUUGGUAAUUGUCACGGCUGGGUUUGGAGGUGAAAUCAAAUGUUAUCAAAAUUUCGGGUUGCCUAAAAGGAUGGGUAGGCAACCCCAUCUUUUUGGAGGCCAUAACAGUUCUUCUCAUGGCAACACCUAGAAGAUUUUCUUUUUCUCUUUAUUCAAAUUUAAAUGUAGGAUUGACACAUGAUGAAAUUCUCAAUUUUUCUUGAUUAUUUUUUUGGUCUUAAA